GUCCUUAAUACUUUUGCAAAACCAGCGGCAGCGGGGGGGGCACAUAGGAGAGAGCACCAUUUUUUCAUCUGGGACAGCAAGCGCCUAUCGUCAAUCAAUAGAGCGGAGAGGCGCAAACUGUAGAGAGAGAGUGUGUGUGAGAAAAAAGAAACCCGACCCGGAAACAAUGGGCAAGGAUCUGAGCGAGGACCAAGUCUCGUCCAUGAAGGAGGCCUUCACGCUCUUCGACAACGACGGCGAUGGUCGGAUCGCUCCGUCCGAACUAGGAAUCCUAAUGCGGUCGCUUGGAGGAAACCCGACCCAGGCCCAGCUCAAAACCAUCGUCGCCGAGGAGAAGCUCACCACACCUUUCGACUUCCCUCGCUUCCUCGACCUCAUGGCCAAGCACAUGAAGGCCGAGCCCUUCGAUCGCCAACUCCGCGACGCCUUCAAGGUCCUCGACAAGGACUCCACUGGUUACGUCUCCGUCUCGGAGCUCCGACACAUCCUUACCAGCAUCGGCGAGAAGCUCGAGCCCUCUGAGUUCGACGAGUGGAUCCGUGAGGUUGAGGUCGGCUCCGACGGGAGGAUCCGGUACGAGGAUUUUAUCGCCCGAAUGGUCGCCAAAUGACGCUGCUCUAGUAUCGGUUUGUGUUUUGUGAAACGGACAUGUUUUCUAGAAUUAAUAUCUUCUAUGUUUGAUUUUGGCUUGGGUCUGUUUGGGUUUUGUUAUGCUGUGCUCUUCUUCUUCUUCUUCUUCUUUUGGUUAAUGCUAGUUUCGUUUUAAGAGAAUUUGUGCGUGUUGCGUUCUGUUCAUAAUGUGCAUCCGAACUAUGGUCUUCAUAGGAAUGUGGAGUUGGCCAUUUUCUU